UAUCAUAUUACAUGCUUCCACUUGUUAGCUGUCAUUUCUGCUGUCGUCGCCAUGUUGGAAUACAUUGCCUUUUUCUCGUGCUUGGAAUUUGCGGUUUUAAAUAGUUUAUAUAAAAAAAUUACCUUAAAACCAAAGCAAGUUAUCUGUCUUGAGAGUAUUUACUUGCAAAAGGAUGUUAUGUGCGUUUUACCAACGGGAUAUGGAAAAUCUCUGAUCUUCCAUCUUACGCCUGUACUGUUGUUCGCGAAACAUAAAUUGCGCGGUUCUAGUUCGAAAUCGAGUAUUUCAACGGAACAGAUAGAUUCAAUAGUCAUCGUUGUAUCGCCUCUUAAUUCCUUGACGAGUGACCAAAUAUCUCGCUUAAGUACGAGUGGAAUCCGAGCGUCCGUUUUGAAUGUGAAAGAGCCGAGAAGUCGGGAACUUGAUUCUGACGAGGAAUAUAUGAACGAUGAUGUAGAUGUCGAUUUCAGUCUGUGCGAAGAGAACAAUUUACGUGUUGGAGCUUAUAACAUUGUUUUUGCGCAUCCAGAGACUUUGAUUUCCAGUAAAUAUGGACGGGAAUUAUUGCUGAGCAAUAUCUACCAAGAGAAUGUUGUUGCUAUUGUCGUAGACGAGGCUCAUUGUAUAGUGGAAUGGGGGAAAGACUUUAGGAAAGAUUACGGAAAACUGGGAGUAUUAUGUGCAUUGUUCCCAGAUGUCCCAUGUCUUGCCAUGACUGCAACAGCUAAUAGGAUGGACAUGAAGGCUAUUCAGGACUCACUUGGAUUGAAAAAUUGCAUUUCUAUUGUUGCCAAUCCAGAUAGGAAAAAUAUUUUUACAGUAAAAUAUUUCGAUCUGGACAAGACAUUGAUGCUGUCAAGUCUAUUUUGGAGCCAAUUGCAAUUGGUCUUCUCCAAGAAAAGAAUCAAUAUCCUUUAA